CAUAUCUCUCUCUUUUUUCUGCCUCUCUCUCUCUCUCUCUCUCUCUCUCUCUCUGUUGUUUGGCCGUGAUUGCAAGAGAUGGCUAAUUCCGCCAGGGUCAUUGCCUUUCUUGCAGUUGUGCUUGUUCUCCUCCCUCGGAUUGCUCUGGGAGACUUUUUAUCCCCUCUUCUGUCUCCUGUCUUUGAUGAUGUGUGCAAAGAAGUGGAAUGUGCAAAAGGAACUUGCAAGCCAUCUACUAAUAGCACUUUCUUCUAUGAAUGUGAAUGCGAUCCCGGGUGGAGUCAGACUAGUUCUGACCUUGAUGAUCACCUCAAGUUUCUUCCUUGCGUGGUUCCCAAUUGUACCCUUAGUUACUCAUGCGCAAAAGCCCCCUCACCCGUCCAAGAGAAAGCACGCAAAGCUAAUGAAUCCAUCUUUGAUCCCUGCUACUGGACUGACUGUGGAGGUGGUUUCUGCAACAAGACAUCGGUUUUCACAUACUCUUGUAUGUGUGCGGAGGGUUAUCGUAAUCUUCUCAAUGCUACUGUCUUCCCAUGUUUUGAAGAAUGUGCAAUUGGGAUGAAUUGUGCGAACCUUGGAAUUCCACUUGGAAACAAAUCUACUGCUCCCCCUGAAGCAGUGGCUGAUGAAGGAACGAGCCCAGCUACUUCAAUUCUACAAGGAAUUUCGCUGUGGUUGAUGAUCAUGAUGAUUAUUGGGGCUAUGUUUCCGUAGAAAUAGGAUGAUUAUAUAUUAUAAGCAUAUGCUGCACCUGGUUUCUGGCCCUGAACUCUGCUUUAUUCAGGUCUUGUACACAUAAAUUGCCACACUAAUUCCGGGAAAGAGUCUAUUGAUCGAUACAUAUUACAAGGCAUAUUUAUAUGUAUAUAUAUUCAGGUCUUAUAAAUCAUUUCUAUGCAUUCUAUAAUCGCUACUACUUGUUAUUUUGUUAGGCAUUUUGUAA